CCCCUAUAUUUGGACAAAUCAUAGCCGUCUAUUAUUGUUUCUAAUUAAAUUGAUGUUGCGGUAUAAGAUUUAGGAAACUUAGACCUAGAUCAAUUUAAUUAGAAUUAAUAAUCGAUGGUUAUGAUUCGUCCAAAUAUAGGCAAAAAAAAAUCAAUGCACCAUCUUAGGGUUUAUAGUUUAUGAUUUAGAUAAUUAGGACCUAGGGUUCACUCAUUAAGGGUAAGGGUAUAGUAUCAUGCCCAAAAAUCCUGCUAAUUCGAGGUCUAGAUUGCGUUUUCAUAGUCAAGGUAUGCGGUACCCUGGAUGACCGUAGAAGGCACUAUAUAUAUGUGUGUGUGUGUGUCACGGCUAACCUUAGGGUUAUUAGCCUAAUAGACUCCCUCCUGGAAAAUUACAACGGGGUACCCACACUUUAUCAACUUACUAAACAAUGUGGGUACUACAACUCGUACUCAAACACGUCCAACAACACUCCUCCUCAAACGAUGGAGUGAAGAUUGUGAAGUCCGAGUUUGUUACUGAGGACGUUGAACUGCUCAGCUCCCAAAUCCUUCGUAAAUAUGUCAACAACUUGGCUAACUGUGUGAAUCUUCUGUGACGCAAUUUCUCCUGAUGCAACGUGCUCACGAAAAAAGUAACAAUCCAUCUCCAUGUGUUUCGUCCAUUCAUGGAACACUGGAUUAGGUGCAAUAUGGAGUGUUGCCUGAUUAUCACAGUGCAACGAUGUAGACAACUGUUGUGGCACCCCUAGCUCUUGGAGAAACCAUCGCAAACAAACAACUUCACUUACUGUGACUGCCAUCGCCCUGUACUAUGCUUCAGCAGAUGAUCGUGCUACAACCUCUUGUUUCUUCGUGCGCCAGGAGAUGGGGCUAUCACCUAGGAGGACGAAAUACCCUGUAGUAGACUCUCUUCUUGACAAUUACAACGGGGUACCCCCACUUUAUCAAUUUAUUAAACAAUGUGGGUACUACAACUCGUACUCAAACACGUCCGACAACAUAAAAUUAUACAAUUCGAACUAAAAUUAUACACAACACAAUCCAUAUUAUGAGUAAAAAUAAGCACUACUUACAAUGCAACCCGACUAUGUUGACGACAAAACUCUCUCUCGGGUUCUUACCCUCCCUCCCGCAAAUGUGGUCUGGCCCUGAAAAUUUUUUAAUACAUGGUAAAAUUAUCGUUUGGGUGAUGGAAUUAGAUGAGACAAUUUGACUCUAUUGUAUCAAAAUGUAACACUUAGGUCAAAUGUUCUCGUUUGGCAACAUAAGAUAGGAAUUGACAAUUUGAAUUGCUUUUGUUUUUCCAGAAUAAAUAAAAAUAAGAAAAAAUAUUUUGAAAUGAUGAAAACAAAUAUGAGAUGUGAUAAUUUGGAGGCAAUUGAAUUUUAUUGCCUCAUUUCUAAAAUCCAUCAUUUGUAGGAUGUGUUUUGCAACACGAAGUGUAGUAUAAGUACUUCAAUGGUUAUUUAACAAGCAACCAAUAAACGGGAAAAAAACCUUACCGUUCAAUUUUGGUCCUCCGUUGUCCUGAGCAGUGUGCACCACCGUCCGCCAUUUCCUUCCCCAUUCGCUCCGCCAUGACCCACGGAGCCGAUCCAGCUCCAACCCACAAAAAAAUCCUACUUACUUCGCUUGCCGCCAUGGUCGCCGAGGCGGGCACGUUCCCAAUCGAUUUAACGAAGACACGGCUCCAGCUCCACGGCCAGUCUCUCUCCGCUCCCUCCUCCACCAAUGCCUUCCGUAUCGCCUCCGAUAUCCUUCGCCGACAGGGAAUUCCAGGGCUCUACCAGGGCCUCUUCCCUGCCAUUAUCAGACACUCCUUCUACACUCCCAUUCGAAUUUUGAGUUACGAGAAUUUGAGGAAUCUCAUGGUCGGUGAUGAGAAUGGCGUCUCCACCAUGUCCCUCCCUAUUAAAGCUCUCAUCGGUGGAGCUUCUGGUGCUUUUGCUCAGAUAGUGGCAAGCCCUGCUGAUCUAGUGAAGGUCAGGAUGCAAGCAGACGGCCGAAUGGCGAGCCAGGGUUUGAAACCAAUAUACUCUGGCUCCAUCGACGCCUUGAGCAAGAUAGUGGCAUCGGAGGGCUAUAGUGGUCUCUGGAAGGGCGUAAUCCCAAACAUUCAAAGGGCUUUUCUAGUAAACAUGGGGGAGUUAGCCUGCUACGACCACGCAAAGCGUUUGGUGAUCCAGAAUGGGAUCGCAGAUGACAACAUCUACGCCCACACAAUGGCGUCAACAAUGUCAGGGCUCUGCGCUACUUCCCUGAGCUGUCCAGCUGACGUGGUGAAAACGAGGAUGAUGAUGAAUGAGGCCGAUGGGAAGAGUGUUUACAGAAGCUCGUACCAUUGUCUGGUGAAAACCAUUAGAAUUGAAGGGUUGAAGGCUUUGUGGAAAGGCUUCUUUCCUACCUGGGCUAGACUUGGCCCCUGGCAAUUUCUGUUCUGGGUUUCCUAUGAGAAGUUCCGACGAGCUGCGGGCAUGUCUUCCUUCUAAUUGUUUGAUACAGUCGAAUUAGUGGCGAUGCAGGCCAUCAGACGAUAUUAUGUCAUGCUUACAGGGUUUACAGAAUUGAGGCUGUUAGGUUUUUCUUGUAAAACCUGCCUUUGUUUGUUGAUUAGGGGUGACUGUAAGCUAUUCUUGAAGCUUUUAGUAUUAGUUUGUCAGUUGGCAAUUUUCUACUGUUGUUGCAGAUUGUUUCCAUGAACAGUUAUUAUUAUUAUAAAAUAAAAGAGAGAGUGCAGAAAUUACUAACUGUCGGGUGAUUUGGCAGGGUUUACAGACUUGAGGCUGUUAGGUUUUUCUUUUCCGAGUCACAAAAUAGCACAUCCAUAUACAUACAUUAUGCUGCAGAAGUCUACCAUUGAGAACACUUGAACCCAUUAAUGAAAAAAGUAACUUAAA